CUUGUAUUAUUCGAUUUCGUUCGCCGUACAAAAAUGACACGCAAUAGCGAGAACUAAUAAAAAAGGACGCGCAAAUACAUGAGUUUUUAUAAAUUGAGUGAUUAAAUGUAGAAGCGUUGCUCAGUUUUUUGAUUCAAUACAAUUUUAAUUAUUUAAAGUUUCGUGGAAGUGAAACAGAACAAUAAAACCGAAUGUUUUGAUGUCGUCAGGCAUGACCACGGCGUGACUUCCAUGCCCUGCGUACCUACGGAAGGGCUUGCGGUGCGGAUUACGUUUACUAUGAAUGAUUUUAUCUCUUUCUAAACUUGAGUGUCUGUGAAUGACCGAGUGUAAUAGCGAGCGUACCAAAUUAUGGAUGGAAUAGUGUUUGUUGUUGAUCUAUUCUGAUUAUUUCCCGAUAGAUAAAAUUUGUCAUCAACUGUUAUCGUGUUGUCUCGAUUUCGUGGCGCCUAUGAAAUAAAUAAUCAUAUGGCGCGAGUGGAAUUACGCGGGAGACGGUAAAAUUUGUACGCUAUUAGAUUUAUCUUUACUAUUUACGCACUAAAGGAAAGGAUAGUACGUAUUUUUAGUGCCUGCGCGUGUCAUUCGAUGGUAGCGUAGGUUCGGCAAUUCGGGUGACUUUCAUCAACGAAGUAAACAACUUCAAGGUUAUCGGUUGGCAUGUGCCAGUGUCGUCAGUGAAGGACUGGGAUGCGUCCGCGCUAAGCCAUGUCUGGACACGCGGGCGGAGGCGCGGGCGUUGGCGCUGUGGUGCGCCAGGGCCACCUCCGAAAGUUGAAGACUAUGAAGAAGAAAUACUUCGUGCUUCGUUCGGAGAUCUCUGACGGCGCCAGGCUGGAAUAUUAUGAGUCAGAGAAGAAAUUUCGCGCGGGAGCGGCACCAAGGCGUGUUUUGCCACUUAAAAGUUGUUACAACAUUAUGCGGAGGUUGGAUCUGAAACAGAAACAUGUGAUUGCCUUGUUCACCCGUGAGGAGCAGUUCUGUGUAGUGGCGGAGAAUGAGAAGGAGCUCCAUGAGUGGUUGACUGCAAUCCUGAAGCAGCAUGGCUGUGAUGAUGCUAGCGAGGAACUGUUACAUCCUAUUCAACACGUGUGGCAAGUCAAUGUACAGAAGAAGGGUCUCGGUGCGUCGAAGAACAUUCAGGGCCUGUACAACCUGUGUCUGACGGACAAGACCUUGGCCCUGGUGAAGAUCAAGAGCCACAACAACGUGAUCCGGGAGCUCACCAUCCCAGAGCGGAUCGAGUACUCGCUCAAGAAUAUCAGAAGAUGCGGAGAUUCGGAGUGCUUCUUCUACAUGGAGGUUGGGCGGCAGACUGCGACCGGCGCCGGCGAGCUCUGGAUGCAUUCAGACGACUCCAACAUCGCGCAGAGCAUGCAUUCUACCAUAUAUCUGGCGAUGAAGAACUGUUCGAAGGAAGACGAGAGGGACCACAUCCCCCUUCCCAAGACCAGGUCCGCGGACGGCGCGAACCCGCCGCGCGACCGGUCGCACUCCAUGUACUCGGACUCCAAGAAGAGUCGGCCUCUGUCUAAUGACAAUAAGGGCCUGUGCGUUGACUCGUGUAUUAGACAAUGCGUAUGCGCCGCGGCCACUUACUCCAUAGACGACUCGGCGGCAGCCCUAGCACCCUUGACGCCCAAGAACGCCGAAAACCAACCACCGAAUUCAUUAAGUAGCGAUAAACGAGAAACUACCAGAAUUAUAAAACACCACCGAACUGUCUCCCUGCCGACGGGCUGCUCCUUGUUUCAAGAACCUCUCAAGAUAGUACACGAAAGGACUCGAUCCGCGCCGCUAACUGGUGACGAAGUCGAUAGAAUCACAAUAGAGAAAAUUGUGACCCAUUCGUCUUGUAAAGCGGUUAAUGGCAUGGAUUGUCUGCCGAAGAAGGCCCAGUGGUCGCGAAGGGCGUCCACUGGGACUCGACUGUCGAAACUUUCGCCGGCCCAUACUAAGAACUCGGGCCCGCGCAGUCGCUGUGAGAGUAUGCCCUCCGCUUCACGAGCUUCAUCCUUCGAAGUCGAGAAACCCCUCAGGCAUGACCAUGUUGACGGUUUGGAGACGUCACGUGAUGAGCCGGACGCGAUGGCGGAGUGGUGUCGCACGCCGCGAAUACCGGAGGAGCCCGAUUGCUGUGAUAUAUCGAAGGACUUCCCUGGUACUUCAAACCGCACCGCUGCGUUAACGGGCGCCCUCCCCAUCCAGCACUCCCGAACGUCGUCCCUAGGAGUGGAGGAAGAAGCCAGGGUGUGCGGGUACCUGCCCAUGGCGCCCCACGAGGGGCUGGUCUCCGCCUCCAGCGGCUCCGUGUGCAGUGGGACCCCCUCCACGGACCCUAGGUUCAGCGAGUACCAGCUGGAGCCGGCCACGUCGCACAUAGUGGAGGGCGGACGGCCGCCGCGCGCGUACAGCGUGGGCUCGCGGCCGGCGCGCGCCGACCCGCCGCGACACCGCGCCUACAGCGUCGGCGCGCCCGCCGCCUCACCCGCCCGCCCGCACCCCGCCUCCGCGCCUCUCCUGCCUCUCCUGCCUCAUCUGCCUCCUCUACCUCUCCUGCCUCGCGCCUCCGCCGAGGACCUCAUGGAGCUCGACUUCUCAGCCAACUCUGCCAACUCCGCCAACUCUCAGCUGGCGAGGUCCAGCCUGGCUAGUCUGGCGUAUACGCCUGUUGGACACAGGUCGGGGUCGCCGGCGACUAAGGUCGUGGUGGCCCGAACGCCCCCCACCACAAUAGGCUUCAUGGAACGGAGGCCGGUCGACGAAUAUGUCGACAUGUCGCCUCGUAACGCCGGCUAUGUGGAGAUGCGGCCGGGCGACGCCCCCCGCUCGCCGCCCACCUUGCCCACGCUGCCCACGCCCACGCCCACGUUGCCCACGCCCACGCUGCCCACGCCCGACGGCUACGUCGAGAUGAACUACACGAGGGCCCCCACGAGGCCCAUCGCGAUCAGCCAGCGGGCGCCGCCGCCGUCGUCCACGCAGACGACUCCAAGUGUUCCUAGCACGAGUAGUGCGAUGCCGCCGCCGCAGCCGUCCAGCAGCCGGCGGCCCGCGUCCCCCACCCGGCCGCGCAGCCCCCCGCACACGCCCCUCGGCUCGCAGACGCUGUUUCCACUGUCUCUGGAGUCCCCCGCCUCCCCCGUCUCGUCCGCAGACGUCGACGAGAAGGACAUCUUUGACGAGGACAUGCCGGAGGAGCUGGCGCGGCCGCAGCCGCCGCCGGUGUCGUGCUCACCGCAGUACGUGCUGCUGCGCGACCAGCCCUCCGCGCCCAUCGCCGCGCCGCCGCCGCCCACACCACCCGUCUGCGACGGCCCCCACAACCCCACCGCCACCAAGACGCUGGCCAGGCUCGUCUCCGCGACACCAGCAGGCCCGGAGCCGCCGCUGGUGGUGGCGGGCGGCGGCUGCGCGGGCGCACGCUUCGUGCCGCUGCCGCCGCCCGCGCCCGCGCCUUCGCCCGCGUUGUGCCCCCUCAACUACGCCGCGCUCGAUCUCGAGCCCAGACGAGGUGCGACGACAGCGCCUCACCGCACCUACACGCAAAUAGACUUCGUCCGCAGCGAGAAACUCGCCGCCGACGGCUCGUAGACUGUGUGUGUGUGUCUACCUCGUCGGUAUGUCGCAAACUGCCCGCAAUCACGGCGGCUAUUAUGAAAGCCUAGCUUUUGCUAUGAGACUGUAAAUGAUAAUGUCGAAGUCGCACUACCUAUGUGCUUAUAUAGUUUUAUCAACAUGAAAAUGAUCUUUGCCAAUAAAAUAAUAUAAAUACGAUCUUUGAUAGUGGCGGGGUUCAAGGUCAUAGUGCCCGAAAUUACAAGCAUAAAAAAUUUGAUUUUGAUACUAUGGUUACAGUAGCAAAAUUUCGUCAAAGACACAUAGAUUAGUGCGUUAACUUGUAUAGUAAUGUAUAGAUACACUGACUACGCGAAGUGAAACUACGUUUAGUUAUGUGUGUCCCGUCCCGCCGGAAAUACCCGUAUCGAUAGAGAUGAGCUAUGGUGCCAAAAAUUGAGCAUUUUUAAAACUUUCGAAUCCCAUUUCUACCAUCCAUGAAGAAAUUUUUGCUUCUUAUUGCUGGUAUAAACUCGUGUUCGAAAAGUCAAGUGUCUUGUUUUCCGUGUGACGGUAGAUUUAAAUUAGACUGAAAUUGGUUUAAAAAAAGUUCAGUUUUGGUCGCCGUUUGCCAUGUCUGUGUGCAACCAAAGUUGUGGAGUUUCAAUCGCGGGACGGUCAGAGAUUUGGUGUCAUGUUUUAUACCAUAGCAUUAGUAAGUACAGAAUGUCAUCUCUUUUUACUUCUACUGGACUCGGUAAUAUGAACAUUUUUUUAAUUAAAAAAAAAAUCUAGCUAAACUGUUGCAGUACCAUAUAGGUCAACAUAGAAUUGUUGAAAUCACCUAAGUACAAAAAACGUGUUCUUUUUUUUUCGUCAUUUUAUAAUUUUGCCAUAAUCUCAAAAUUGUCUUCUCAAAUACUUUCUUUUCCUGUUUACUUCUCAGAAUAAUUAAUUUAACCAAAGCUUUUACAGCUUGUCGUUAUCAUCAUACAAAUCGAAAAUUUAAUUUUACAUUAAAUUAUAUCGCGUUUAGUGAAGUUGACCUUCCGUCCUUACUAAAGCUGUGGUCACACAAGGCCCGAGUUUCUCCAUAUUUGUAACUAUAAGUUACAUAUAUGGAAGACUGUUUGAGAGCGUCCGGCUUCAACGGCUGAAAGCUUGCAAAGACAAACUCUCCAUCUGCUUCACACAUAAAUUACUCCUUCGUCAAUUCUUAGACACUUGUCUCCAUAAGUCGGGGUAGCUACUGAACAAUUUUUCUUUUCGAAAUAUUAUAAUUAUUAUAAUAUUAAAAUUAAAAAUUUAGUUUUUUUUUUACAAAAUACUUUUUGACGUAUAAAGGAGUAGUUUAGACGGAAAUUUAGUUGGAAAUAGUUAUCCGAUUUCAUUACUUCGAACUUCGGCUCCUCACUUGAAAGUUUCGUCGGCUUGAAGUCGCUUGACACUGUCUAGUAACUAUAUUUCGUUAUUAAUUUUAUUAAACAUAAUGUUGUAAAGUGUACAGCUGAAAGAUAAGUUGAAACACUUAGACUAACUCUAAAAAUGUUUCUCUAAAUUGUAUAUUAAAUAUCUUCAUAUUCUAUCCUACGCUGCUGUUUGUUUAAGUGUACGUCUUUCUAUGUCGAUGUGUUUAUGCUGAAACUAAUCAAAUGUUUCUUAAUUGUGGACUCUAUUCCCAAAUGCUACGCUUGAAUUGGCGCCACUGUGCCUACUAACGAAUGGACAUGUUAUGGAUGUGGCAUACGAGGCUACGUUGUUAAUUUUAUUAGAAAAUCUAUUAUUUUUUAUCACACGAAGCUUACAUACUGAAUAUGUAAAAAGAAAAGUAUUAUUUGUAAAUUCAUUGAUUUUGAUGAAUAUAAAAAAUAACUAUUUGUUGUUGGACUGUGAAUUAUUACCCUUUAGGCGCGAUUGGUCCUAUUCACCUAAUUCGCGAUUGGUCCAAUUCGCGAUUGGUCCAAUUCGCGAUUGGUCCAUUUCGCGAUUGGUCCAAUUCGCGAUUGGUCCAAUUUACGGUUGGUCCAAUUCGCGAAUGGUCCAAUAUAAACUAUUUCCAAAAUUAAAUAAAAUUAGAUAGGAUAAUUAUUGUUAGAUUCUUAUAUACCUUGCUGGUUUGAGACCGGAUAAAAAACUCAGAAUGUACCUAUCUGUAUGUACCUAUGUAUGUCUGUCUACCCCGUAAGGGAUAAAAACGUGAUUAGUACGUGUAUGUAAAUUAUACAAUUUCGGAAACAUCGUAUAUUUUGGACCAACCGCAAACUGGACCAAUCGCGAAUUGGAUUUUUUUUCGAACUUCAGACUAAUCGCGAAUUGGAUCAAUUGCGCUCAAAGGUUAUAUUCGACUCUAUUCCGAGUUCACAAUGCGUAGAAACGUAUGCCCGUUCCAAAGUACACGGGAUGGUCACAGGCAGUAAGCUCCAUGUAACAUAAAUAUAAAAUAAUUAUAAUGUAUGCAACGGUUGUGAGGGAGGCCUAAAGUAGUGUUUUGUUUAUGUUCCCUAAUAAUAUACUACCUAUUGUGUUCUUAGGAUACUCUGUUCACUCAAGAACUGUGCAAUUUACACAAGAAUACCAAAGUGAAAUCUAAGUUUGCACGUUCAAUAACUAAAGACAAAUUUUCCAAUCGUUUAUUUUGUAAUAAUAUAUAGUUGAUUUUGCAUUACAAAAUGAGUAUAUAAUUUUUUGUAAAGUUUUUCCCAAGAAGUUAUUUUAACACAAAGUUUAUUAUUGGCGUGAAUUGUUUUUAACGUGUAGCGGUUUAAAUUUACAGCCAUCAUUUGAAAAAUCAAAAUGUUUCCCCUAAUUUUUCUUAAUUUACGCGAUUGGAUAUUUGAAUUGUAGUUACUGUGUACGUGUUUCUCAGUAUUUUACUUGGAAUUCUUGAUUACCAGACUUUUAAUGAUGAGGUUACUUCUACUGUUAUAUGUUGGUCCGAGUUGACUGAGCCGUUUGCGAUUUAAAUUCCUUUUUUAAAUGUUACAAUUAUAUUGCGUGUGCGUAUGUAUAUGUAUUGAACUAUGUUAAAAAAGUUUUUCUGUUGAAACAAUCUUGUUAUUUACGGUUUUAAUUAACAGAUCCGCCUAUUGAAAUCACGAUUUUUAUUUUUACUGUUAUCCAAUUUUGUCAAAAACGGUGAAUCAAUGACGCAGUUUCGUAAUGAGAAACCGUGAGAAACCACUGAUUUCUCAUCAGAUUUAAAACGGUACAAUCAUUUGUCAACUCGGACCACUGACCGAGUUAGUCGUUUAGAAAUUAUAUCAGCUGUUGAGUCUAUCAUCACAAAAUAAAAUUAUUAAAAAAAUGUUAUUUUAUCGAUAAAAUUAUACAAACUCUUCCAUUUUAUAUAUUUGUGACAACGAAUAUUGUUUUAUAUGUUUUAUGUAUAGUUUCUUGACGACAUCUCGGCCCUUGUGUUAGUUACGUAAAUUAUGUGUUCAUGCCGAAAGUAAAUCUGUUCAUAUACUGUUUAUAUCUACAUCAAAAUUAUAGUAUUUUGCAACGUUAAGAUUUUAAACACAGGUGGAUAUUAUAAUUUUUUCUUAUUUAUUAUAAUAGAACAGGAACGACCAGUGUUCUCAUUUGUUGUAUUUAUGCGGUAUAUAUAUAUAUAUAUAUAUAUAUAUAUAUAUAUAUAUAUAUAUAUUGA